AUGUCACUCACGCCUCAGCAAAUCGACAUUAUCAAGGCCACAGUACCUGUCGUACAAGAGCAUGGCACUAGCAUCACUACCACCUUCUACAAAAAUGUCCUCGCUGCCAAUCCAGCUUUGAAUAAUAUCUUCAACCAAACCAACCAAAAGAAUGGAGACCAGCCACGUGCCUUGGCAGGUGCUCUUGCUGCUUAUGCAGCGAAUAUCGAUAACCUCACUGUACUUUCGGAUGCAGUGGAAAGGAUAUGUCAAAAGCAUGCCUCGUUAUUCAUCCGACCGGAACACUAUCUCAUCGUUGGAAAAUUCCUUCUUGGAAGCAAUGGGCGAGACGCAUGGACAGCGGCCUAUGAACAAUUGGCCAACAUCAUGAUUAAUAGAGAAGCGCAAUUGUAUCAAGAAGCUGGUGAGUGGAAAGAAUGGAGAGACUUCAGGAUCGCAAAGAAAGUCAAGGAAUCCAGCAUCAUCACCUCUUUCUACCUAGAGCCCGUGGACGGAAAACUUCUUCCUCUUUUUAAACCUGGCCAAUAUAUCUCGGUCCAGAUCCCAAUACCACAAUUUGGAUACAUGCAGUCCAGGCAAUACUCGUUAAGCGAUCGGCCAAAUGAGAAUUACUACCGCAUUAGUGUAAAGCGCGAAGAUGCGCUUGUCUUACCGGAACUCAACACAUCAGUGGAAGCAGGUGUGAUUUCAAAUGCACUUCACGAUACGAAACACGAGGGCGAUAUAAUACAAGUUUCUCCACCACAGGGUGAAUUCUUCCUCGAUCUACAGAAGAACACCGAUUCUCCUGUAGUUUUGAUCUCUGCCGGAGUCGGCGUCACACCCAUGGUCUCGAUACUCAACACCCUAGUAGAAAGUAGAAGCACCAGACCAAUAUCAUACGUCCACGCAGCACGUAGCAAGGAAGUGGAUGCAUUCCAUGGACAUGUCCAGGAAAUUGCGACGUCGCACUCGAACAUCAAGUCUUGGGUCUUCGUAAAGAAUCUACCAGCUGAUGAUUAUGGAAGCCCGAUUACUGGUCUUGCCGGACGAAUGGAUUUAUCGAAAGUCAAGGAUGAUGCGUUGCAUCUGGAUGAUUCUUCGACAACAUAUUUUAUUUGUGGACCAGGGGGUUUCAUGAAUGAUAUGAGUAAGAGUUUACAAGCGUUCUGUGUGAGUGAGGAGCGUAUUAAGUUAGAGGUUUUUGGGACGGGAGAGGCUCAAUGA